AAAAAAAACCCUCUUCGUUACUCCGCUCCCUUAUCUCUCCCUUUUCUCUGUCUCCAUAGAAUCUCUUGGAAAAAAAUCAAUAAAAGGAAGCGUUCGUCUCUCUCUUUCUGGUGUGAUUUGAUGGGCGCUCAGAUCUGAGGUCCCCGUCGGCGGUCUCCAUCACCCGAGGCCCUUUGAGUGUAGAUUGCACCGAGGGAGAGAGUAGUGGAUUCUAUUUUGUUCGGUUGCUCAGGCCGUUGCAUUGGAAUCGAUGAGCCUAAGUUGCGUGCUUGAGGGGAGACAGAUGAUGGGAUGGUGACUUUGUUAGUCCCUUUCCAAGUGGUAGUUUUCUGGGUAGUUUUCUCUCUUCCGUGGAGGGUAAGUGAAGCGGGUUUUUUGAUGCUGGGUCUCAGUUCCAUCUAAUUCCAACUGCCAAAGGAGAAAAGUCCUAUUGAAAAGAAGCUAGCUUUGAGUGGUAUAAGAGGUCGUGACUGGGGUGUUUGCCGAUCUAUAGUGUGGACCCAGUGUUAUAGAGAAAAAAGAAGUGGAAUUGAACUCUGCUUUGCUGUUAGGUUUACUUUUCUGGAUUUUAUUCAAGUCACAGGGGAGGGAGAGGGUGCCAGGGCUUUGUAUUUAAGGGAGCGAGGGUUUGCAUAGAUAGAUGUCGUGGGGGAUGCAGAGGCGGGGCUCGUUGAGAUGAGGGAUGUCAGAGGCGUGGAUGAACUUCGUGAGGGCCUGCUGGGGGCCGUCGUCGGCUCAGUACAUCCACUCAGGCUCUGAUGCAGUCGGCCGGCAAGAUGGGUUGCUCUGGUACAAGGACAGUGGCCAGCACACAACUGGGGAGUUCUCCAUGGCUGUUGUCCAGGCAAACAACUUGCUUGAGGACCAGAGCCAGAUUGAGUCAGGUCCACUCAGCUCACUUGAGUCAGGGCCAUACGGGACCUUCGUCGGGAUCUAUGAUGGGCAUGGUGGCCCGGAGACAUCCCGAUAUAUCAAUGAUCAUCUCUUCCACCAUGUCAAAAGAUUUGCAUCUGAGCAACAGUCAAUGUCAGCUGAAGUUCUAAGGAAGGCAUUCCAAGCUACAGAAGAAGGGUUCUUUUCUCUGGUCACUAAACAGUGGCUUAUGAAACCUCAGAUUGCAGCUGUUGGCUCUUGCUGCCUGGUUGGUGUGAUCUGCGGCGGAACCCUUUAUGUUGCUAAUGUUGGAGAUUCCCGUGUUGUUUUAGGGAGGCUUGUCAAGGCAACUGGUGAGGUUCUUGCAAUGCAGUUAUCAAUGGAGCACAAUGUGGGCAUCGAGUCUGUUAGACAAGAAUUAUAUUCAUUGCAUCCAGAUGAUUCACAGAUUGUAGUUUUGAAACAUAAUGUUUGGCGUGUGAAGGGCCUUAUCCAGGUCUCUAGGUCGAUUGGAGACAUAUACCUAAAAAAGCCAGAGUAUAACAGGGAGCCUUUGUAUGUGAAGUUUCGUCUUCGAGAACCUUUCAAAAGGCCAAUACUUAGUUCUGAACCUUCAAUUUUGGUGCAACCUCUGCAACUACAAGAUCAGUUUCUUAUAUUUGCCUCUGAUGGACUUUGGGAGCACAUCAGCAAUCAGGAAGCAGUCGACAUUGUUCAAAAUCAUCCCCGCAGUGGAAGUGCUCGGAGGCUGGUGAAGGCUGCGCUGCAAGAAGCAGCCAAGAAAAGAGAGAUGAGGUACUCUGAUCUCAAGAAGAUUGAUCGUGGGGUGCGUCGGCAUUUCCAUGAUGACAUCACUGUCGUAGUUGUGUACCUCGAUUCAAAUCUUGUAAGCAGGGCCACCUCAAACAAAGGUCCCACUCUCUCUGUCAGAGGGGGUGGCAUCACCCUACCUGCAAACUCUCUUGCACCUUGCAUGACUCCCACGGAACUCAGUAACUCUUGACAAGGCCAGCUCAACUGUUCUACCAUCCUAUAUAUGAAACCGAACACUUGAUCUUAGUCUAAUGAUAGGAUCUGAAAAAUGGGAGGUGAAGCAGCUCAUGUACUUGUUUACUCUGCAUAAACUAUAAAAUUGUGCUGCAAAGAAUCAGUUCCCUUUGUGUUAUGUUUAUAAAAUAGGGGAACUACUUCUAGUUUCUAAAUAGCAGGAAAGGAACUUAAAGGUGAAAAUUAAAUUAUUUGGUAGUAUUUUUCAUUUCUUCCCAUCACUGUUUUAAUCUGCAUUCCUCUUUCUAAAGAGCUGUGUUUCUG